UUUUUGUUUCUCCGAGAUCCCAUGAAUGCCCCAGUAUUAAAUGCUAGUGCUAGCUCUUCCUGUUUGCCGAGUGCUAUGAGUUGACAAUCGAAGGCGUGGGAUGCAGCCGCCUGUCCCAGUUGACGUGGUUCGAGAGCUGGUGUGUUCCUGUUUGCACAGGGACCCAGUGGCCGCAGACCUCCGCUGCAGUCUGUUUGUGGCAGCAGCUCAAAACUAUAAGAGGGACUCUCUGCUUAGACCCUUUCCCCCUCGAUACAUCAGUGGUGACAACAAGGAGUUUGAGGAACUGUUGGCUGAUGUAAAGUCACUACCUGGUGUGAGGGAACUGGUGAGGCUGCGACCUGGGCAAGGUGAUCAUCAUUUAGCUCUUACACACUGGAUCCUCUCUUCAAAGAGUUUUGCUAUAAAAACACUGGAGAAAGAGGAGUAUGCCCAUUUGUGCAACUUGACAAAAAAUGAAGGGUUCUCGGGACCAGCACCAGACUUCCUGUUUGAGAUUGAAUACAACGAUCAGCUAAAUGCCCGAUUUGAGAAGACUAGGGCAGGACGAGACACUUUCUAUGCAUUCCACGGGAGCCGCCUGGAAAACUUUCACUCAAUCAUUCAUAACGGGCUACACUGUCACCUCAACAAGAACUCUGUGUUUGGAGAGGGCACCUACCUGACCAGUGACCUCAGCAUGGCAGUCUUGUAUAGUCCACACAGCAACGCAUGGAGGGAAAGUCUGCUGGGUGCAUUGCUCAGCUGUGUUGCCUUGUGUGAAGUCAUCGACCACCCUGACGUCAAGUGUCAAGUCAAGAAAAAGGACUCAGAAAUCAUUGACCGCCAGAGAUCCAGAGCAAAGAACAGUGAGGGUGGAGACGUGCCACAGAAAUACUUUGUUGUCACCAACAAUCAGCUUUUACGGGUCAAGUAUCUGCUGGUUUACUCCCAGAAGAGGCAUCUGUCUAGAAACUCCCGGAGCUCUUCAUGGCUGCUCAGACACCACUUUGCCAUCAUGAUGAGUCUGUACCUUCUGCUGCUGCUUCUGAUUGGUGCCUUCAACUCCAGCUCCUUCGUUUCUUUUUGGAAAAAACUUUUCAGGUGACAAGACCUCAUAACAUGUCCCCUAUAGUGCCUUCCUCAGACUGAAUCUCUGAAACGCUUUAUGCGUAAACAAAGUUAAACUUACCCAAUCAUUUUAUAUAGUAGCUAUGGCAGCCACUUUUUUUUCAUUUAAAAUCAUUUACU